AUGGUCCGCACAUCUUCGGUGGUCGCGGUCUUUGCGCACUCUGUAGUAGCCAGUGCACAGUCUUACUCCAACCCGCCAGAACCAUGGGGCUUCUUCGUGAACAACACCAUCUACCAACCCACAGGUAAUCAGUCUGUCACGUACCCACGGUUCACUGAACUCCAGGAUGGUACCAUCUUGGCCACAACAUCCUUCACUGGUCCCGUUCCACCAUACUUCCCCGUCUUCGAGAGCAAGGACGGAGGCGCAAGUUGGGAAUACAUCAGCGACCUGACAGAUCAGGUCAACGGCUGGGGCAUGAGCGCGCAGCCCGCCCUGUCCGAGUUACUUGAAGACGUUGGUGGCUUCAAAGCCGGCACAAUCCUCGGUGCAGGCAACAGCUGGAACAGGAACGGCACCAGGAACGGCACGCAUAUCGAUCUUUACGCAAGUGAAGACAGAGGUCGGACGUGGCAGUUCGUGAGCAACGUUGCUUCAGGAGGUCCUCCAAACACCACGAAUGGAGCUACUCCGAUCUGGGAGCCAUGGAUCCAAAACUACAAAGGCGCAAUCUCAGUGCAUUACUCCGACCAAAGAGAUCCUCUUCACGGCCAGAAGCUCGCCCACCAAGUGUCCUACGACCUUCAGACUUGGGGUCCAGUCGUGGACGACGUCGCCAUCGCGGAAUACAUGGCACGCCCCGGCAUGACCGUCAUCGCCUAUAUCCCACCCAUCGCAAAAUAUAUCCUAGUCCACGAAUUCCCAGUCGGCAAUUCCUCCUCCUACGGCUCACACUACCCUGUAUACUACGUCCUCGCGGAUGACCCGUGGUCCUUCCGCCUCCAUGAGCACCAGCCCAUUGUCGUGCAGACCGCCAACGGCAGUUCCAAAGCGCCUAACGCGUCACCAUAUGUGGUCUGGUCGCCCUACGGCGGCGAGCUGGGAACCAUUGUCGUCUCCGAUGCGGACAGUUCAUCUGUCUACACGAAUCGCUGCGGUGGGUGUCUUGAUGGGUGGAAGGAGUAUGCAACGCCAGCGGGCGCGGUGUAUAGUCGCGCGAUCCACAUUCUCGGGGACUAUCCGGAUCACUUGAUGAUCUUUGGUGGGGAGGUGUAUGAUGAUUUCGGCCUACAUAAGUUGGUGCCCUUCAGUGCGACGGUGGUGGACCUGGGUGUGAUCAUGGGAGAUAAGAAGGGUGGGUGGAGCGAUAAUUGA